AAACCAGUUCUAUUACACAUCAAAAGCUUUGUAACUCUCUCUCUUUUUCUCUCUUUUUUAUAUUUAAUCUUUAUUUUUAAUAAAAAAUGGAUCGCAGAAAGGAAGAAUUAGAAAAGAAGCGACAAAAAUUAGCAGAGCUUAGACGUGCUCGAGAAGAAAGAAGAGCUUUGCUUGAAAGUCAAUCUACUCAAUCCUCUUCCACAACAACAGCAAACUCGAAUACAGGAAGAGACAGAAAGGCUAUUGACGACCUUGUUGCUUUAGUUUUGGGUGAACGUCCCUCUACUCCCAAUACAACUACACAAGCAGGUAGUGAUCGUGGUUCAGAUGCUGGAUCCGAUUUUUCUAAUUCACGUCCUACUUCUGCUAAUUUUGGAUACUCAUCACCCGGAACACCCAUCAGCACUAAUGAGGCCAGACUCUCUAUGCUUUCCAUGUCAUCUCAACCUACGCAAUCAACACCUCACUAUGUUGCAGAAUUAACUGAAUCACAAGCUUUUGUUGCAGAUAUUCCCCCACUUGAACAUGUGGUAUAUAGUAAGGAAAUCCAAACUACAGAUGGAUCUAUGGAAGCACCCGAGAUUUCGGAAGAAGAGAUUAGAAAGCAAAUUAUGGAAGAAUUCGAGUUAAAGGAAAAGAUUAAGAUGGCACAACUUGAAGAAGAAAUUAAGAGAGCUGAACAAGAAAAGCAAGAAGAAAUCAGAGAACUUACGGAAGAGGAAAGUAAAGUCAUCCAGAAAUCUCAAGAGUUUGCUGAAUUCGUUGAUAAUUCUUCCAAGCUCGUUGAAAGAGCUCUUAAUGAAAAGUAUGAUUUCAUGAAAGAUUAUACGCUUGGCAUCGAUGUUGAAAGUGAUGAGAAUUCUGGAAAGCACGUCAAAUUUGUUUGUGAAUUCUGGGACGAAAAGUGGUGUAAAAACAGAUCUGUCACUGAUGUCAAUUGGUCUCUUAAAUACCCAGAGUUGGUAGUUUCUUCUUACAACAAGAACCCUCUUGCUCCCAAUGAACCUGAUGGUGUAGCCCUUGUCUGGAACGAGCAUUUAUUGGAUCGUCCUGAAUUCGUUUUUCAUUCUCAGUCUGAUGUACUUAGUGUGAUGUUUAGUAAAUUCCAUCCCAACUACAUUAUCGGUGGUACCUAUUCAGGUCAAAUUGUUUUGUGGGAUACCCGUGCUAAAUCAUUACCUGUCUUAAAGACACCCUUGUCUGCUGGUGGUCACACCCAUCCUGUCUAUUCUAUUGAAAUGGUCGGUACCCAAAAUGCCCAUAAUUUAAUCUCGGCCAGUACAGAUGGCUUUGUUUGUUCUUGGCAAUUGGAUAUGUUGGCCCAACCUCAAGACUACUUGGAAUUACUUCAUCCCGCUCAUAACAAAACUGAUGAAGUGUCUGUCACCUGUAUGGGUUUCCCUGACAACGAGACAACCGCCUUUUGGGCAGGCACAGAAGAAGGUAAUAUUUAUCAAGCGAAUCGAUAUGACCGUGCUGGAAGUAAAGCAGGUAUUAAUCAAUAUGAUACGUACCGUGGUCAUCAUGGUAUGGUGACCGGAUUAAAUUUCCAUCCUUUGCAUGGACCUGUUGACUUUUCAGAUUUAUACUUGACUUCUUCGGUUGAUUGGACUGUCAAACUCUGGAGAGCAAAGUCUAUUUCCAAAACAUCCACUCAACCAGCAGCCAUGCCUCCUCUUUAUUCAUUUGAGCAUGCUGAUGACUAUGUCUAUGAUGUCAAAUGGUCUCCCUCGCAUCCUGCGUUAUUCGGUACAGUGGAUGGCACUGGUCAAUUUGAUUUAUGGAACCUGAAUGCGGAUACGGAAGAGCCAUUUGUCAGUACUCAAGUUGGAUCCGGCAAGGCCCUUAACAAAAUUGCUUGGGAUAAAGAAGGUAGAAAAACUGCCAUUGGUUCUAGUGAUGGUCAUGUCUAUGUCUAUGACAUUGGAGAGAUGGCUACACCUAAACCCGAGGAUUGGAGUCUAUUACAAAAGAAUAUCUCGGAAAUGAUUUCUAACCAAGAGAAUCCUGCCGGAAAAUAGUCAUGAUAUACACACACCCACACACACACAGUGAGAUGCUGAUAAUUCAGCGUUUUAAAAUAAAGAAUUUUUACCCUUUCCAACUA